AUGACCUACGACCCGGAAGACGAGACGCCAUGGGCCGCCCUCCCGGCGCCCGAGGUGCUGCCGGUGCAGCGCAUGCUGGAGGAGUUUGACGUCGUGAACGUCCUUGCGCCGCUCGUGCGGUGUUCCAAGCUCCCCUUCCGCCACCUCGUGUCUCUGUACGAAACGCACGUCACCACAACGCCGAUGAUCCUCGCGGAGGAGUUCAGCCGGUCGCAGCUGGCGCGGGUGAGCGACUUUUCGACGAGCGCGAACGAGCGCGGCGUGUUCUGGAUGGAGCCGCGAGGCCGGGGGCUGGACUUCGCGUCGCUGUCGCUCGACUCGCACCCCGAAGAUGUCGAGGAUGCCGCCGCGGCUCCUGGGCCCUCGCGCCCGCCACACAAGACGUACUACGUCCCACCGCCCCAUACCCGCCUGCCGCCGACAGCGACGCCGCCCACAAAACACUCGCGCCUCGUGCGCGGCGCUUUGCUCGCGCAAAUGGCCUCUCCCAACGCCGCGAGCCUCGCGGACGCCGCGGAGCUAGUCGCGCCCCACGUCGACGGGCUCGACAUCAACUGCGGCUGUCCGCAGCGCUGGGCGUACGCCGAGGGCAUCGGGUGUGCGCUGCUGCGCAAGCCCGAGCUCGUCGCGGACAUGGUGAAGACGGUGCACGAUCGCCUCGGGCACGGGUUUCCGGUCAGCAUCAAGAUCCGCGUCGACGACGACCCGCGCGCGACCGAGACGCUGGUGCGUAACGCGCUCGCGGUCGGCGUGAGCCAUAUCACGAUCCACGGGCGCACGCGCCACCAGGCGAGUACGGAGCCGGUCAGCUUGCCCGCGAUCAAGUUUGCCGUCGACCUGGUUCGCGGGGAGGUGCCGACUGUCGCGAAUGGCGAUUUGUGGGAGUUGGCGGACGCGGAGAAGAUGCGCAGGGAGACGGGGGUGAAUGGGACUAUGGCGGCCAGGGGGCUGCUCGCGAACCCGGCGCUGUUUGCUGGCUACGCCACGACACCACAGCACGCCGUCGAGAACUUUGUCAACCUCUCCGACGACUACGGCUUCAUCUUUUCUCUCUUCCACCGCCACCUCGCGUACAUGCUCGAGGCGCACAUGUACAAGCCGGAAAAGACAUACUUUAACGCCCUCGCCAGCUCGGUGCAGGUCAUCGACUACUUGUCUGGCCGUGGCCUGGACUUUGUAACGCCCCGCAAGGUGCCCAUGUGGGAUGCCUCGCGGGGCUACUCACUCCUGGCGUAG